UGCCCUCUCAAUAUCCCUCUCGGGGUUGUAUGAUUAUGUGAUGAGACCAGGCGGCAGCACAAUUAAAUAACUUUCCAUACUGCUUUGAAUGUUUUUAAAAGACGGCACUGAUUUAUUUUAAAAUAAGCAAAAGCCGGAGAGAGUGAUCGGAGAAAUUGGGGAAACUAUGGAGAGGAAGACUAAAGUAGUUAUUGUGGGAGGCACUGGCUACUUGGGUCAGCAUUUGCUUCAAGCUUUUGCCGUCAACAAUGGCAGAGAUCGGUACGACGUCGCUUUCACUCACCACUCUUCUCCCCUUCCCCGCCGUUUGCUCGACGCAUUCCUUCAUUUCCCCGCGUUUCCCGUCGAUCUCAAAUCCGGUCUAGGCCUUAAUUCCAUAACCAAGGACUUUGGUCAGCCUGAUGUGGUCGUGAAUUGUGCUGCUUUGUCCGUUCCUCGAGUUUGCGAGCAAGAUCCAGAUUCAGCCAUGUCUGUCAAUGUGCCUACUUCUCUUGUAAAUUGGUUGUCAACUUUUGAGACAAACAACACCUUGUUGAUUCAUCUCUCUACUGAUCAAGUUUAUGAAGGUGUCAAGUCCUUCUACAAGGAAGAAGAUGAGACUGUUGCAGUCAACGUUUAUGGGAAAUCAAAAGUUGCAGCAGAGCUCCUCAUCAAGGAUAAGUGUCAAAACUUUGCAAUUGUGAGAAGUAGUAUCAUCUUUGGUCCUCAGACUCUAUCACCUCUCCCCAAGAAUCUCCCAAUUCAGUGGAUUGAUAGCUCCUUAAAGAUUGGAGAAACGGUAGAGUUCUUCCACGACGAGUUUCGUUGCCCCAUUUAUGUUAAGGACCUCGUAAAUAUCACUUUGAAUCUAAUAGACAGAUGGGUUGCCUCAGAUCAUAAACAGAUGCAGCUGGUUUUGAAUGCUGGUGGACCCGAGAGACUAUCUCGUGUUGAAAUGGCUCAAGUGGUUGCAGAAGUGGGAGGAUACGACCUGUCUUUGAUUAAACCUGUGUCUGCAUCAUCGGUUGAUCGAGGUGUGGUGUCACCAGCAGAUAUAUCUAUGGACAUAACAAAACUGAUUCAGACACUUGAGAUCUCUCCAACUUCUUUCAAAGAUGGUGUUAGAUUAACCCUCCUUGAGUCUGAAUCUCAAAACCUCCCAUGAUUGUUUAUUUCUUUGAGUUCCCCUGCUCUUCUUACUUAUUUUCUAUGGGUAAAAUCUCGGUUUGAGAAAACCAGUGUAAAACCAAUAUGAUUGAUUUUGGAAUUAAGUUAACAAUAUUUGGUUCGAGUAA